CUUAAGUGGAUUACUCCUCGUAGGUAUCUUAUCACGGUAGACACCGGCAAGCAUUCUCUUUUCCUUUUAUAGAAGUUUGAAUUCAAUGAACGCUCAGAUCACCUUGUCCGUUCAUCCCAUAAUCCUCGCCUCGAAGUAUGUCCAAAUCAGCUGAUCAGCUUCGCCUUGGCAACUACAGCAACUACUAUGAACUCCGCGAUCAGGAAAACCGACCAAAGUGCAUUGCCCAGAGUCUACCGGAGUGUUUCGAAAAGCUAGCUCCCCUCGAAACUACCAGCCCUGUCUACCUGUUGGACAUUGGUUGUAACGUUGGAAAACUAACUGGCGAAAUUCGGGAUGUGCUACAAGCUGCUCCACAAGCACAACACCGGCAGGUGCACGCACUAGGAGUUGAUAUCGAUCAAGCGCUUAUCAGUCGAGCCACCGAAAACCAUGGUUCUUCAAAUCUCCAAUUUGCUCAAGCUGAUAUUGGAGCGGUGGCUCACGGUGAGUCAGCAGAUGGCAUUCAGCAGUACAUGACGGACAAGGGAAUCGAUCGAUUUGACUUUGUUUGCUGUUUCUCCGUGCUUAUGUUCAUUCAUCUUAUACGAGGCGACACUGGCUUGAGGACAGUGUUGGAUUACGUUUGCGCACGGGCGAAGAUUUUAGUUCUAGAGUUGCACAGUUGGGACAGCUACGUAGCUCAGUAUGAAAACCAUCAUCGUCAGAAUGGGGGAGAGUAUGAGCAUUUCCGUGACUUACAGUGGAAAGGAGAAGACUAUAUUAGACGAUAUGUGGGUUCUAGAGGAUUCGUUGUGAUUCGCGAUUCAACGGAGAAAAUUCCUCCAAGAAACCGAGCUAUUGAGAUUUUUGCCAGCCAUGACGGAUAGAUUGUGAUUGUUGUGUUUGUUAUUAUGUUCUAAUAUA